AUGGUCGAACUGCGAAAGGUGCUCGGGGAAAUGUCCCUCGCCAAUGAGCAGCUUCGGGCCAUGGUGAAGGAGCUGCAGCAAGAGCUGGUGAUGCUGCGACAGCGUACCGUGGCCAACGAAGAUAUGGCCCGGGAGGAGCGGAAGCUGGCCCGCGAAGAAUUUAAGCUGGCGCAAGAGAAAUUCCACCAGGAGCUGCAGUGGAAUAAGGACCAGGCCCGCCAGUGGUAUGAAGAGACGCAGCGUCUCAGAGGCGAGCUGGCAAAGGAGACUGCGUGCCACCAGGAGUUGCUGGCACAGAUGCUUGGUUGCGGCGGUAACCAAGCUCUGCAACCGCAGCAGCAGGUGACAUCGCAGAGCUCCCUGCAGCAACCGCAACAGCAGCAACAACAACAGCAGCAGCAGCGGAUGACGUAUGCUAACGUGGCGGCCGAGACAUCCGGCACGCAGGCUUCCCAGGGCGGUUCUUGGACGGUGGUGGGGCCUCGUAAAGCACCGCAGAAGUCGCAGCAGCAACAACAACAGCAGCAGCUGGCCAAGCCGCGACCACAAUCUGCGGCGGCGAAGCAUUCGCGAUCCAGCACGUCCGCGGUGAACUGGAGCAAGUCCGCAGUCUACCACCGGCAGCUAGCUUUAGCGGAGACACCAAAGAGCGCCAUCUAUUGGGAACCGCUGGAGCUUUCGCGAGUGGUGUCACCUGGUGGUCGGUACCGGUAUUACGGCUAG